GUGCGCAGGCGCGCCGGCCGGUCUCCUUUGCGCUGUCUCCAGACGGCAGGCCGUCGGGUCCUAUGUCGCGCCGGGCCCUCCGGAGACUGAGGGGAGAACAGCGCGGUCAAGAGCCCCUCGGGCCCGACGCCCUGCAGUUUGUACUCCGCGAUGACGAUGACGGGGAAGAAGGAGGAUCAAAACGAGGAAUGGGUGGAGGACGCCCCGCGGGCACCGGAAAGGACGGCGUCCAAGUCAACAACCGGUUCGAGCUGAUAAACAUUGAGGAUCUUGAGGGUGACUCUGGAGUGACUGGGGAGAGGUCUGAUUGUACGCUGGCUGGAGAUAAAGGGCAAGCUGAGCAUGGAAGCCCAGAGAAAGUGAGCAAGAGCAAUGGACACACAGCCAAGGCAGAAACCCCAGAACAGUGUAAUGCAAGUAGCAAACUCCGAAAGAAGAAAAAGAAGCAGAAAAAUAAGAAAAAUUGUCCAGGAGAAUCCUCGGAACAUGGACUGGAAGAUAUUGAUCGCAUCUUGGAGAGAAUUGAGGACAGCAGUGAAUUCAGCUGCCCAGGCCCCCCUCCUCUAAGCUCUAGAAAGCAUGUGCUACAUGUGGAGCACAGACACUUGAAUCCAGACACAGAACUGAAAAGGUAUUUUGGUGCUCGAGCAGUCCUGGGGGAGCAAAGGCCGCGGCAGAGACAGCGUAUGUACCCUAAAUGUACGUGGCUGACAACUCCUAAGAGCAGCUGGCCUCGGUACAGCAAACCAGGUCUGUCUAUGCGUCUGCUAGAAUCGAAAAAAGGCCUUUCCUUCUUCGCGUUUGAGCACAGUGAAGAGUACCAGCAGGCCCAGCACAAGUUCCUGGCAGCUGUGGAAUCCAUGGAGCCCAACAACAUUGUGGUUCUUCUCCAGACAAGCCCCUAUCACGUCGACUCACUUCUGCAGCUCAGCGAUGCCUGCCGCUUUCAGGAGGACCAGGAGAUGGCCCGAGACCUCACAGAGAGAGCACUGUACAGCAUGGAGUGUGCGUUCCACCCUCUGUUCAGUCUUACCAGUGGGACUUGCCGGCUGGACUACCGCAGGCCUGAGAACAGGAGUUUCUAUCUGGCCCUCUACAAGCAGAUGAGCUUCCUGGAGAAACGAGGCUGUCCACGCACAGCUCUGGAAUACUGCAAGCUCAUCCUGAGCCUCGAGCCAGAUGAGGACCCCCUAUGCAUGCUGCUGCUUGUGGACCACCUGGCCUUACGGGCCCGGAACUACGAGUACUUGAUCCAGCUGUUCCAGGAGUGGGAGGCUCAUCGGAACCUGUCCCAGCUCCCAAAUUUUGCCUUCUCGGUUCCAUUGGCAUAUUUUCUCCUGAGUCAGCAAACAGACCUCCCUGAGCCUGAGCUCAGCUCUGCAAGGGAAAAGGCCUCUCUCUUGGUCCAGCAGGCGCUCACCAUGUUUCCUGGAGUCCUCAUGCCCUUGCUCGAAUACUGCAGUGUGCGGCCCGAUGCCACAGUCUCAAGCCACCGCUUCUUUGGACCAGAUGCUGAGAUAAGCCAGCCCCCUGCCUUGAGCCAACUGGUGAAUCUAUACCUCGGAAGGUCCCACUUUCUCUGGAAAGAACCUGCCAUCAUGAACUGGCUGGAGGAAAAUGUCCGAGAGGUUCUGCAGAUAGUAGAUGCUGGAGACCCUGUCGUGGGGUCCUGUGAGAGCAGAAGGAAGGUGCUUUUCCAGCGUGCUCCCAGAAAUAUCCACCGCCAUGUGAUCCUCUCGGAGAUCAAGGAAGCUGUUGCUGCCCUGCCCCCGGAUGUGACCACGCAGUCUGUGAUGGGGUUUGACCCUCUGCCGCCCCUGGACACCAUCUACUCCUACGUCAGACCAGAGAGGCUAAAUUCUAUCACCCAUGGAAACACAAUUGCGCUCUUCUUCCGGUCAUUAUUGCCAAAUUAUACCACAGAGGGGGAAAGGCCGGAAGAAGGAGUGGCUGGAGGUCUGAAUCGAAACCAAGGCUUGAACAGACUGAUGCUGGCCGUUCGCGACAUGAUGGCCAACUUCCACUUCAAUGACCUGGAGGCUGCUCGGGAGGACAAUCCUGAGGGCGAGGGAGAUUGGGACUGAGUCGUCUGCAGACGUUGUGCCCAGUGCUCCUUAAUUAUGUUCCUGAUUUCCUUUGUCUGAAUUGACUGAUUCCCUGAAUGUAUGGCUGGCCUGCAUCUUGUUCUCCUGUAAAUAUAAAUGGACCGCGCUCA